AUGUCAAUUGGUUCAGUAAAGUUACCAUUAAAUAAUGAAAUUGAAUUAAUUUCAGAAGAAAUUGAAAAGGGUCUAAAUGAUUCAGCCACAAUAAGAAAGUUUUUUGAAAAAAGGGCACAAAUUGAAGAGGAGUAUGCAAAAAAUCUCCAAAAACUUUGUAAAGCACAACCACAGCUUUUAAAAAUAAAUGGAACAUCAGAAGCAUUUUCAACGAUAGUAGAAAGCACCAAUCAAUAUUCAAACCAUAUUAUAACAACUAUACAAAAAUUUAAUCAAGAUGUUAAUGACCCAUUGGUUGGAUUUAUAAAAGAUUUAAGAUCCGAAUUAAAAACUUUUUCAAAUGAUGGUUUAAAUUUAGCAAAAGAAAGAAAGGUAGUUUUUGAUUCACUAAAAAACUCAAAACAAAAUUAUGAAAAUAUGUGUAAUAAUCCUGAAGCUGAUGCCAUGAAAAUUCAACAAGCAGAGGAAGAGUACAAGGCGCAGGUUCAAGCAUGUAAUAGUUAUCAUGUUGCUUUUCACAAUGAAAAGUUACCCAAAAUUCAAAGUGAAAUUAUAAGAUUAGAAACUGUUAGAAUGCAAAAAAUGAAAACCAAUUUAAAAAAAUAUAUUUCAGAGUUUGAAACUAUACCUCAGAAAUCACAAAGUUCAAUUAAGGAGUCAGAGGAAAUGAUUAAUGCCAUCGAUACUAAAAGCGAUAUUCAAUUAUUCACAAAUUUCAAUAAAGCAAUUAACACUCAAACAGCAGAGUUUGUAUUUGAAGCAUGUGAUCAAAAAGAGAAUAAAAAGAAGAAGGGUUGGAGAUCAACUAUUUCAGUAUUAAAGAUUGGUGGCUCAUUUAUGAAUGCAAAUGCUGGUGGUAAUGGUAAAGACGAAGCAGCUAAUAUUUUAAAUAAUCCGACCGUAUUUAAAGUUCCAAUUGAAGAGAUUAUGUUUAAGCAAAAAUCAAAAUUUCCAAAUCUCGAUAUUCCUUAUGUCUUGGUAUUAUUAGUUAAUUUAAUCAAAAAACUCGACGGUAUGAAGUCUGAAGGUAUUUUUAGAAUUCCAGGCCACAACAGCGAAGUAGCACAAUUAAAGAAAUUACUUAAUGAGGGUGAAUAUACUUUUCCAACUGACCUUUAUAGCAUUCAUCCAUUAGCAUCCCUAUUAAAAUUAUGGUUCAGAGAAAUGCCACAAGCACUAAUUCCAGAUCAUUUUUAUCAAAAGUCAUUGGAUUGCCAUACAAUUGAAGAUUUUAUUAUUUUCUUCAAAUUCCUUCCAGCUACCAACCAAAAGAUUAUAACCUAUCUCUCCAAAUUUUUAAAUGAAUUGGUUUUACCAGAAAAUGCUGCGCAUACUAAAAUGGGUCUAGAGAAUGUUGCUAUUAUUUUUGCACCAUCUUUCCUUCGUUGUAAUGAUCCAGAUUUAAUUUUAGCAAAUGUAGAUAAAGAAAAGACAUUUAUUAAAAUUAUUAUUGAGGGCUAUAAUAGUUUAUCUGAAAUUUGUCCAAUUCAAUUGGAUGAUGUCGAAUCAAAGAUUCAAAUUCCUUCAUCAUCACCAAGAGGUACUUCAUCAGCAUUGGGUGAUACUUCAUCAUCAUCAUCAUCACCAAAUCCUACUUUGGCUUCAUCAUCAUCAUCACCACCACAUCAACCAUCACCUUCCGUCACACCACAACUCGUACCACAAAGAGAACAAUCUUCACCACAACAAUUCAAUAAUAUUAGUAUUGGUAUUACUUCAAAUUCAUCCCCUUCACUUGGUUACCAACCACCACCACCAUUACAAUCUAUUUCAUCAAAUUCUACAGGCUCAAUACAUUCAAACCAUAGUUCAUUUACUCCCCCUCCAUUACAAUAUACACAAUCAUCAACUCAUCUUCCCCCAAUCCAAUUAUUACCUAAUUUUAAAAACUUAAAGAAGGAAGAUCUUAAAUCCAAAGAAAAACCUGAAAAAAUUGAAAAAGUUGAAAAAAUUGAAAAAGAUGAAGAACCUGAAAAUGAUAAAAAGAAAGGUCACAAAAAAUCAUCAUCAUCAUCUCCAAGCUCAUCAAGUUUAUCUCUUGGUAUAUUAGGUAAAAAGGAUAAAGAUAAAGAUAAAGAAAAAGAAAAAGAAAAGGAAAAAGAAAAAGAAAAAGAAAAGGAAAAGGAAAAAGAAAAAGAAGUAGUUUCAAGUGAAAAGACACCAGAAAGAACACCAGUACCAUUGCCAGGUUCAUCAAAUCCAAACCGUAUGUCAUUAAUAUUUAACCAACAAAUUACUCAGCAAUUACAACAACAAAUUCAACAACAACAAUUACAACAGCAAACAAGUAGUACUGGUUCUGUAGGUGCCCCAUUAUCACCACCAUCAAUGUCACCAAGUAUGAUAAGAAGAACAGUUAAACCAAACCUUCCACCACUUCAUGCUAAUUCUUCUCCACCACUUGUCUCGAUGAAAGCUGGUGAUGAAUCUUCUCCAUCAAAAUUAACAAGAGUUCCAAUAGCAGAGUUCCAAAAGUUACAAUUAAAAGAAAUAUCUAGCAGCGCACCAACACCAACAUCAUGCCCAUCCCCAACCCCAACCUCAGGAAAAAGUUUCUUGAAUAGAUUACCACCACCACCUUCACAAAAUUAA